CCAAAACACCCCUCUCAUCUCGUGAUCUCCCUCAAUCCAUUCAAAAUCCCCUUACGAUACCAAUACCGAUUUCCGAUUAGCCCUUUCCUCCUUUUUUGGCUGCUGCGCCUCCGCUUUUGUGCUGCGUAAUUGUGUGUAUCUGUGCCUCCACGUCGAUGGAGCUGCAGAAGCGCCAAGAUCAGGGCCUGCCGCAGCGCAAGGGGCAGAAGCGAAAACUGGAGGAGGAAAUCAAAGACGAGCAGCCGGGGAUCUCGCCGUCGCCGGUCGACUGCUCCGACGCUCGCCGCGCCAUCCUCGCAGAGGUAGCUGUCCAGGUCAACAUCCUCGACUCCGCCUUCUCAUGGCAAGAAGCAGAUCGAGCUGCCGCCAAGCGCGCCACUCAUGUCCUUGCUGACCUUGCUAAAAACGAUGAGGUAGUGAACGUGAUUGUAGAAGGAGGAGCUGUUCCGGCUCUGGUGAAGCAUCUUCAAGCACCGCCGUCAACUGAAGUUGAUGGGAACUUGAGGCCUUUCGAGCAUGAGGUCGAGAAGGGCAGUGCCUUCGCGCUGGGGUUGCUUGCUGUGAAGCCAGAGCAUCAGCAGCUCAUAGUUGACCAUGGAGCCUUGCCUCAUCUUGUGGACUUGCUGAAGAGGCACACCGAGGGAACCACUCGAGCCGUGACUAGUGUGGUUAGAAGAUCUGCUGAUGCAAUAACCAACCUCGCUCAUGAGAACAGCAACAUUAAGACUCGUGUUAGGAGGGAAGGAGGAAUUCCGCCUCUUGUUGAGUUGCUAGAAUUCGCUGACACAAAAGUGCAACGAGCAGCUGCCGGUGCUUUGCGAACUCUUGCAUUUAAAAAUGACGAGAACAAAAAUCAGGUGAUUCCAAUAGUGCAGAUAGUUGAAUGUAGCGCGCUUCCUACUCUCAUUUUGAUGCUUCGGUCUGAGGAUGCAGCCAUACAUUAUGAAGCGGUUGGUGUUAUUGGGAAUCUGGUACAUUCCUCCCCAAACAUAAAGAAAGAAGUACUUGCUGCGGGGGCUUUGCAACCUGUCAUUGGCUUGCUUAGCUCAUGUUGCUCAGAGAGUCAAAGAGAGGCAGCUUUGUUACUUGGCCAAUUUGCUGCGACAGAUUCAGAUUGCAAGGUUCACAUUGUGCAAAGAGGUGCAGUUGGACCAUUGAUCGAGAUGCUCCAAUCUUCUGAUGUACAGUUGCGGGAAAUGUCAGCCUUUGCGUUAGGGAGAGUGGCUCAGGACCCACACAACCAAGCUGGUAUAGCUCACAACGGUGGUUUAGUACCAUUACUGAAGCUCCUUGAUUCGAAAAAUGGGUCGCUGCAACAUAAUGCAGCAUUUGCGUUGUACGGUCUCGCGGAUAAUGAGGAUAAUGUGUCUGAUUUUAUUAGAGUGGGAGGAAUCCAGAAGCUUCAGGAUGGAGAAUUCAUUGUCCAAGUUUUGAAGCAUUUGCUAUAUCUAAUGCGAGUAGCUGAGAAGGCAGUUCAACGACGUGUAGCAUUGGCUCUGGCUCAUCUUUGUGCCCCUGAUGAUCAGAGAGUAAUUUUCAUAGAUAACGGAGGAUUGGAGUUAUUGUUGGGGCUUCUUGGUUCUGCAAACAUGAAACAACAACUUGAUGGAGCUAUUGCGCUAUACAAGUUGGCCAACAAAGCAAUGACACUCUCUCCAGUAGAUGCAGCUCCACCUUCUCCAACCCCGCAGGUAGCUUUUGACAUAUAUCUGGUGGUGGUUGUCAUUGGUGCAAUUUUCAUGGUUUAUUUGGGGGAGAAAUACGUAAACAACGCUACACUAUCUGAUGUCACCUUUCUAGUGGAAGGAAGACGGUUCUAUGCACACAGAAUUUGCUUACUGGCUUCAUCAGAUGCAUUUCGUGCAAUGUUUGAUGGGGGUUACCGGUUGAUAAGGCAAUUUAAAAUGAUGCCAUUUUAUUUUCCUGAUCAAGUUACAUACUUUUAUCUUAAGCAGGAAAAGGAUGCAAGGGAUAUUGAAAUUCCGAACAUCAGAUGGGAAGUUUUCGAGUUGAUGAUGAGAUUCAUAUACACGGGAUCCGUAAAUGUUGCCCUAGAUGUUGCUCAAGAUUUACUCCGGGCGGCCGAUCAGUAUCUCUUGGAGGCUCUAAAGCGACUCUGCGAGUACACAAUAGCACAGGACAUAUCUCUGGACAAUGUUGCAAGCAUGUACGAGCUCUCAGAAUCUUUCCAUGCUAUUUCACUGCGGCACACUUGCAUUUUAUUCAUCUUGGAGCAUUUUGAUAAAUUGAGUGCCAAGCCCAGGCACUCUUAUUUGAUCCAGCGGAUUAUACCGGACAUACGGAAUUACUUUGGGAAGGCACUGACGAAACCCGACCCACAUAACUUGCGGCUGUAGAUGACGACUGGUCUCAAUUUCUUUGAUCUCUCUAACUAGGAUAAGUUGUACAGAAGUGGUGGAUCGAUCUUCUUGCUGGCGUCGAGCUGCCAAAUAGGGUUUGGUGUCAUCAUGACAUGGCUCAGAAUCAUCUCCAGUUUGAUGGAUAAAAAGAGUGCCUUAGUGUGGCGUGGCGUGUACUCAGCAGAGUGAGCUGUUCAGUAAGUAGAAAUCACCUUCUUUCCCUGGGCUGUCUGGGGAAUGAAUGCAUCCCCUUCAUGAUCAUAGCCUGCUUUGUUCUAUUUGCUGGGUUGUGUUGGUUAUGUACGCGAGUAUGUAAGAAGAAACUCUUUGAGCGACGAUUCUGUCAUUCAAGGAGGUCGUCAUCGUUAUGUAGCACAAUAACAAGGUCUCGUGCACGAAGCGUAUGAGUCUUUCAACAAGAUUACGAGAUGACACGAAAAAGAAAGCCAAAGAUGAGAGCCUGGAAUCUGGAUUGUGAAAGUUGAUAUAUUCUUAGUUCCCGAGGAGGUUGACUGUAGUCAGUAUAGUCCCUCAUUUCAUCUUUGGUCUGUAGUGCAGGUUUGGUUUGUUGGAUUGAGUUUGAUUUCAGAACGGCUUGGCAAGCUCAAAUUGCGCUUGCCUUUGCUCACCUAUCAUCAUCGCCAAUGUUAUCGAUCCACCAUACGAAUUCUCUUGGGUGCUGAAAUGGUGAAUGGUUAUAAGUAGGGGUCGGGGAGUGUGGUUUUAUGAGAAUUUGGGUGGGUUUGCAACUGUCGACUGAGAAAGUAACUCAUAUCUACCCAUACCCAUACCCAUGCUUGUACUUGUGGGUUGGGGUGAUUGGGGAUGAUGAGUGGUUGGGUAGGUUCGGUGACUUUACAACAUACAUUUCAAAAUGUCACGUAAUUUGUUUUAUUAUUUUUUUAAAUGCAAAUAGUAUAUAAUCCAUAUUAGAUGUAUAAGUUUGCUUAAAUAUUACUACUUAUAAUUGUUCUCAAA